CACGCGCUCGGCGCUAUUUUUCGACACAGGUGAUAUAUUAUACCACAGCGGGUUUCUUCCGUAAAUUCGAAUGGGAGAAGAGUCGUGAAGUAUCAGAAGUAUGGACCACGAAAAUGCACAAUUUAGGCCUUGGUACGGGACCACAGGGUUUUCAUCAGAGGCCUACAGAAAUGUCCCACCGGUGUCGCAUACUACGUACCCUACAGCGCAAACAAUGUCCGCAUCUCAUGAAAGGGGGUUUAAAAGGAAAUCUUUGGUGGAAGCUUACUUGCUGUGGUUGGCACUUGGAUUGUUUGGAGCACAUCAUUUUUACUUGAAUCGUCCACUUUUCGGUAUAAUGUACCUGACUACUUUUGGACUUUGCGGUUGCGGGUGGCUGAUAGAUUUAUUCAGGUUGCCGUGUCUGGUAAAGGAUGCCAACAAACUGAUCGAAGACAGGACGCCUAUGCAACUCAGAAAGCGAAGCGUUGGGGAUGCUUAUGUAUUAUGGUUACCAUUUGGCCUAUUGGGGUGGCACCACUUCUAUUUGAGGCGACCUGGGAUAGGACUGUACUAUUCCUUCACUUUGGGCGGCCUAGGGACAGGAUUUAUAUAUGACCUCUUUCGCAUGCCAUGCCUAGUGAAAAGGAGAAACAGAGAACUCGAAGUAGCGCUCCAACGUCCCCAAGACGCAUGGAGAUAUCGUUACCGUUGUCAUCUUGAUGAUGCCUAUGGCUUGAUAUUUCCACUGGGUUUCCUUGGCCUUCAUCAUUUUUACCUCCGCCGGUUUAAAUGGGGCCUGCUGUACUUAUUUACGUUUGGAAUUUUUGGUAUUGGUUGGAUCAUCGAUUUCUUCCGUCUUCCAAGUUUGGUGAAAGAAGCAAACCGAGAAAAUCAACCAGUUCAAGCCCAUGGAUACAUAGUGACCACAGCACGCCAUCCAUCUUUCCCUGGGCAAGCGGUGCCAAACAGCGGUCAAAGUCAAUCGCUUACAACAGAACAGUCUGGGACAUUUACACACGUUAAUACAUACAGUGGACCCCCAGCCAACUAUGACCCUCCAACUUACCAUGGGGGACCUCAAGGUGCGUUUGUCUUCCUAUUUCUUAUUAUCAGAAGUAUGGACCACGAAAAUGCACAAUUUAGGCCUUGGUACGGGACCACAGGGUUUUCAUCAGAGGCCUACAGAAAUGUCCCACCGGUGUCGCAUACUACGUACCCUACAGCGCAAACAAUGUCCGCAUCUCAUGAAAGGGGGUUUAAAAGGAAAUCUUUGGUGGAAGCUUACUUGCUGUGGUUGGCACUUGGAUUGUUUGGAGCACAUCAUUUUUACUUGAAUCGUCCACUUUUCGGUAUAAUGUACCUGACUACUUUUGGACUUUGCGGUUGCGGGUGGCUGAUAGAUUUAUUCAGGUUGCCGUGUCUGGUAAAGGAUGCCAACAAACUGAUCGAAGACAGGACGCCUAUGCAACUCAGAAAGCGAAGCGUUGGGGAUGCUUAUGUAUUAUGGUUACCAUUUGGCCUAUUGGGGUGGCACCACUUCUAUUUGAGGCGACCUGGGAUAGGACUGUACUAUUCCUUCACUUUGGGCGGCCUAGGGACAGGAUUUAUAUAUGACCUCUUUCGCAUGCCAUGCCUAGUGAAAAGGAGAAACAGAGAACUCGAAGUAGCGCUCCAACGUCCCCAAGACGCAUGGAGAUAUCGUUACCGUUGUCAUCUUGAUGAUGCCUAUGGCUUGAUAUUUCCACUGGGUUUCCUUGGCCUUCAUCAUUUUUACCUCCGCCGGUUUAAAUGGGGCUUGCUGUACUUAUUUACGUUUGGAAUUUUUGGUAUUGGUUGGAUCAUCGAUUUCUUCCGUCUUCCAAGUUUGGUGAAAGAAGCAAACCGAGAAAAUCAACCAGUUCAAGCCCAUGGAUACAUAGUAACCACAGCACGCCAUCCAUCUUUCCCUGGGCAAGCGGUGCCAAACAGCGGUCAAAGUCAAUCGCUUACAACAGAACAGUCUGGGACAUUUACACACGUUAAUACAUACAGUGGACCCCCAGUCAACUAUGACCCUCCAACUUACCAUGGGGGACCUCAAGAUCACGAUGCUGCCCCACCACCCCCUUAUUCAGAGAUUGCCGGAGGAACAUCACAUGGCUUCCAGUACAACCAAGGGCAGUCACAGCCAUAUUUCUCUGGUUUACAGCAACAAAACCAGUAUCAACAACAGCAGCAGCAAUACCAGUGUCAACAACAACAGCAAUACCAGUAUCAACAACAAAGGGAUCCAUUCCAACAACAACAAUACACUAACAACUAUGGUGCCCUGGCACCUCAUGCACCACCUCAAGAAAAGUCACAUUAAUUUAUGUUCUUAUUUUGUUAUUUAUUUCGAUGACAGUUGUCACAAGAUAUCACAACGAUCCUUCUUAAAAAAACUAUCCGUAAGAUGCCAAACGGCGUCUGAUUUGUUUAGGAUAUGAAGAAGAGGAAUAUUCAUUUUAAUUAUAAUAAUGAUGAACAAAAAUGCUACUUUGAACAGCCAGAACCUAGUAGGACUACGUAUAGCUUAAGCAGCUUCUGUUAGUUAAUAGUGCUCUUAGGCGCAAACAUAGUAAUUAAAUUAAAUUCGUUAAAAUAGUACUUAUAUACCGUGGCCAGGGAGGGGCCGGGGUUCGAACGAACAGGCACUUUUUGACGGAAAAAGGUCCACUCUAGGUAAAAUUGAUUAAGUACACGAAGUUUUCAUCGUAAAAGGUCCACUUUUGGUGUAAAAGGUCCCACCUUUGAAAUUGAUGGCUCCAGACCUGCUUGUUGUUUAUAUGCAAAGAAAUGUUCAACUCUGUAAUUAUUGCAUGAAUUUCGUCACUGGGUCACAGUAAAGAGAAGUGAUUUAACUUCGUCAGAGCAAUAUCUGUGAAUAUCUGGUGAAAAAUGAACAUGUGACCCUGGUAGACGGUACAUAAUCAUAUCGGAAAAGAUUGUUAAAUACGUGUAUUACCAUAACAUACACAUUUUCAUAUUGCUUUUAGCUUCUUCACUUUGUUUUAUUCACCCCGCCCUCAUUUUAUUUUCCCAUUCCAUGCUGUCCUCGUACUUUCAAAUAUACACUGUGCCUUUGGAACCCUCUCGUAGCAUGCUACACAGUGUUUGAUUAUUCGGUGUCUGGCUGGUUAUGUGACAGCUACCAAUCUUGUAAUUUUACGAUCGUUUGCAUUUCAGCACAGAGUCACAGAACAGAAAUGUUCAAAGCAAGCGAAUAGCCAAAAAAUACAUGUGAACAUCAAAUAAACCGACUUCUCUCAGUGGCCAUGUAGAGCUGGUAGAGGGAUCUUAACACCAGUCGCGUCUCCUUUCUGUGUUAGCAUGUAGGUUAAAAAAUGAACAAAGGAGUAUCUCAAACCGCGACGAAUUCGUUUCGAAUUGUGAUAAUAUGUGUUGUUUUAUUCUUUUAUAAAGUAAUCGGGUGAUAUAAAGCAUGAUAAAAAGCUCGUCACGUUCAGAUAUUUAACUUCAACUAGCUUUUCUGUUCCAAUUAUAUACAUAAAAAUAAACUAUUGCGACAGGCAGUAUCAGCAACGCCUGAUAUGUUGCACGUACAUGUACUGAUACUAAUAAACAUCUCAGCUAAAGAUAGAACACUGUCAACCCUCAGCACUCAGAGGGCACUGGCCGACGAAGACCGAACACUGAUAAAUUGUGGAUGCUAUUUUCAUCAAAAUCCAUUAAUAAAUUUUAGUUAGGCUGGUGAAAAACAAACAAACAAACAAACAAAAAGAGAAAUUAAAUAAAAUAACAUUAUUCAGAUAGCAAACAACUUGCACAGUUUGGAAAAGUAGUUUUUAAAACCCAAAUAAAUUAACAAAAUUAUAGAGUACACAUAUCCGAUAUGCGAUGU